CCGGUCUCCUGCUAUGGGGGGCACCGAGAGUAGUGAGGGCUGCAGAGUGUCCUUCGGCGGAAUGGACGAGGAGGAGCGGGUCCGGGUGCUGCAGGGCAUCCGGCUUUCUGAAAAUGUGGUUAACUGCAUGAAGGAUUCCAGCCAGCCUUCCAAAGUGGGCCAGCUGACUUUUUCUCCUGCUCCUCCAUCUUCCACAUUUGGCACCUCUAAAGGCCUGGAGAAAGACUCCAAACUGCCCAGGUUGGCAUAUGGUGGUGAUCAGCCGCCCUCGGGGGUGGAUGAGGAUCUCCUUAAGAGGUAUAAACAAAAGCAGAAUGAGCCGUUUCAGGUGGCGAUGAAGGAAAGAGAGGCAACCAUGAAGCACUGGAGUGCAUCCCUGCACCGAGGGGAGGACAGCAUUGACCAGGAGAAGCAGAAGUCAGCCCUGCUGGUCUACUCCAACUUUUUAAAGGCUGCAUACUGUUUUAUAAUUGGGGAAAGCUUCUACCCAUCCAGAGAAAGUACAGACUAAAACAACCCGGGUGGAGUGUGAACCUUGCUGACAGCUGGCCACAGAGCCUGGAAUGGGCAGGGACCCGAAAUGGCCAGGGUGCAUGCUUCCCUCCAUCACAGGGCUCCACGAAGUACCUGCCGGUCCACCUCACUGGUGGCAAUCACCUGCUCAUAAGACCCUCGGUUUAUUCUGCAGGUAUUUCUUGGUGAGAUUCAAGUGGAAGGACUGCAUGUAGGGAAAGCAAGCAUCACUGAGAAUGGUACAUCAUGCUCAAGACCAGUCCCCCAGGAUGCCUCCCUGCUUGUUCCCGAUGUCACCCUGAUUAAACAAGAAGACACAAACGGGCUAUACAGCUGGUACCCCUCCUCACUGCCCUAAGCAGUACAGGAGCUUUGGGACUCGGGGCAGGUGGGUUAGGAACCUCUCUAUCAUAUUUCCACAUCCUAUCUGAAGACCUACAAAAUUCUUUAUAAGAAAUAGCCUCCACCCUUCUCAGCAUCCAAGAUCAACUAGACUCCUUAGUAGCAGUCACCCUUCAAAAUUGAAGGGGCCUAGAUCUCCUCACUGCAGAAAAGGGAGGUAUAUGUGUUUUCCUAGAAGAGCAAUGCUGCUUCUAUCUUAACCAGUCAGGCCUCGUCCGAAGUGCUGCCAAUAACUUAAAAGAAAGAGCACAACGCAUUCGGGAAAGGCGAGAUCAAUCUUGGAGCACCUGGUUCGA